AUGAAAAAAGGACCAGAAAUCGGUGCUUGUCUCCUUGCUGCUCCAGGCAAUUUAGUGGAGUCAAAUCCAGACAAUAACAGCAGCAAUGGAGCCUCGGCCAAAGAGAAAAACAUGCUUUCCUCUGCUGCAGAACUGGAAAACGUACAGCUGCAACCCAGCAAAGAAACAUCCAGAAAAAAACUCUGUGGCUAUUUAAAUAAGCUGGGCAUCAAGGGCCCAAUCAAGACCUGGAAGUCUCGCUGGUUCUUUUAUGAUGAAAACAAAUGUCAUUUACUGUACUACAGAACUGCACAGGACAUAAACCCUUUGGGGUCUAUUGAUCUCUCCAGUGCCAGCUUUGACUGCAAGGUGGAAAAUGGGGAAGGGGUUUUUGAGAUCAGAACACCAAGCAGAGUCUUCACUUUGAAGGCAAUCAGCAAACAGGCAGCAAUGUACUGGCUGCAGCAGCUACAAACGAGACGCUGGGACUUUUGCAAUGCUCAACGCAGAUUUCCUGUGGGCAGCUCCCAGCUUGUGAAUGAAUCCCUGGCUGGCAGAACAAAUGUUGACAAUGAAGACUUUCUGCCUCCUGUGAAAACACCAACAGAAGCGGUGGGUUUAAAGGCAGCAUCUUUGCCUGCACCUCAGACAUCUACUGCUUUGCAGAACAUCUCCCUUAAGCACCCUUGGACAGAGAUACAAAACACUGUCUACAGUAUCUGUGGCUCCAAGCAGCUCUGGGGGAACAAUGGGAAUGUCUUUAGCUUCAGUGAAGUCCCGGAGCAUCUUGAAAACCCGGAUAAGGAACAAGAGGCAGAAGUGGAGGCAGAUUGUGCAGUUAAGGAGAGGAUCCCAGAGGAUGGAAGGAUGGAGUCCAGGCUGAACCGGCUCAGGAAAAACAGAUGGAUGAACUGUGGCUUCCCAGGCUUGCCUGAAGAACUGUCCAGGGAGAGGAGCCCAAUGGAUAAAGUGAGUGUCCUACAGCAACAGAUCUUGACACUCACAGAAGAAGUCAAGUCACAGAAGGAGCUGGUUAAACUUCUCCACAAAGCUCUGGAGGCAGCCCAGCAGGAGAAGCGAGUAUCUAACAUGUAUCUCACUGCAGCAGAAGAUAAGGACAGGCUGGAGCUGGUGCGCCACAAAGUGAGACAAAUUGCAGAUCUCACCAGUCGACUGGAAGCUCUUGAGCAAGAAAAGAAGGAACUGGAGCAGAUUCUGUCUCUGAAAGACAGCCACAUCCAGGAACUCAAGGAGCACGUGCAGCUUCUGAUGGAGAAGAACCAUGCCAAACAGGAAGUCAUCAUGGUCUUGACAGACCAGAUGGCCCGAGAGCUCUCUGACCCUCUGCAAGAAGCCAGCACUGUCACUGCAGAGACAUUGUAUAAGCAGCAGGAGGAGAUUGAGCACCUGAAGGAUGAUAUUGAUGCAUACAAAACCCAGAACCAGUUUCUCAACUCAGAGAUCCACCAGGUUACUCGACUCUGGACAAGUGUUGCUGAGAAUGAAAAAGCCCUUCUGAUGAAGUGUGCCUGCCUGCAAGCACAAAACUGCCAGAUGGAGAGCAAAUACCUGACAGUCUUGCGGAAGCUGCAAGAGGCUCUUCCUGGCCUGCCCAGCACUGAUGCUGAGUUGGUGAGGAACCUCAUCCAGGAAGCCCUCCAGUGGGAUGUGAAGGAAGAAGCAGAAGAAGGUUUUAACCUGAACCCUGUCAGUGAGUAUGAUGAGUAUGGGUUUAUGACUGUACCUGACUAUGAAGUUGAGGACUGGAAGCUUCUGGCCAAAAUUCAAGCCCUGGAGAUAAAGUCCAACAACCUGCGAAGCCAGGAAGUAGUGGAGAAGCCCCUCCGUGACAAGUGGAACAGUGUUGGAGAGCUGAGUCCCUCUGCAGAGCUGAAGAGCCUGAUCCGAAGUGGCAUUCCAGUGGAGCAUCGGCAGCGGGUCUGGAGGUGGAUUGUCAGCAGGCACUGCAGCCACCUGCCUGACCAUUACCAGCGGCUGCUGUGGCAGAGCAAGAGCACCGAGCACCCUGCCUGCCGGCAGAUUGAGCUUGACUUGCCCCGCACGCUGACCAACAACAAACAUUUUUCAUCUCCCACCUCCCAGCUCAUCCCCAAGCUCCGGAGAGUGUUGCUCGCAUUCUCCUGGCACAAUCCUGCUAUUGGAUACUGCCAGGGGCUGAACAGAUUGGCAGCUGUUGCCCUCCUGGUCCUGGAAGAUGAGGAAAGUGCUUUCUGGUGCCUAGUCCAUAUUGUGGAAAACCUAAUGCCAGCAGACUACUACAGUGACACACUGAUAACAUCACAGGUAGAUCAGAGAGUCUUCAAAGACUUCCUGUCAGAGAAGCUCCCUCGCCUCAUGGCUCAUUUUGAGCAGUAUAGUAUUGAUGUCUCACUCAUCACCUUCAAUUGGUUUCUGGUGGCCUUUGUGGACAGCCUCGUCAGUGACAUCCUCCUGCGAGUGUGGGAUGCCUUCUUGUAUGAGGGAACUAAGGUGAUUUUCCGCUAUGCUCUUGCCAUUUUUAAAUACAAUGAGGAGGAAAUCCUAAGAAUUCAUGACAGUGUGGAGAUCUACCAGUACCUACGCUUUUUCACGAGAAUGAUCAUGGAUGGCAGGAAGCUGAUGAACAUUGCCUUCAAUGACUUAAACCCCUUCCCCAUGAAACUGCUGAGGAACCGGCGGUCAAUGCACAGGGAAGAGCUGGAGGCAGAGCUGUGUGAGCUGGAACAGAUCAAGGCAGCCUAUGUAAGAGAGAGGGCAGAGCAGGGGCCUCAGGACGUGAAGGAGAUUGUUAGUGAAGAGGAAGAAGAGAUUUAACAAAAACAGUUCCUCAUCACUCCCCUGUAGCCUUUCAGGUGGUCUUCUGUAGCAACUGUCUUGUAAGAGAUGGA